AUGGCGGAAGCAAGUCAUACAAAGGCGGUCGCCGCCCCUUUUUCCAUAGCGCUCGCUCCUCCGCACGCGGCGGAUUCCACAGCGCCAACGGCGGCGCCAGUCGCGGCGUCAGUUGCGGCGCCAGUUGCGGGGGAGAUGGAGGCGCCGUUGAUCGAGCCGUCGCACACGCUGAGCGAUAGUAUGCCCGCUGGCACGCACGUGGUGCGCCCAAUAGGAGGGGGAAGGGAUGGGGGGGGAGGGGGGAUUGGGGGAGGGGGGGAGGGUCGGGAGAAGGGAGGGGGCCGUGCGGGGAAGUCGUUGGCAAAAAAAAAGCUAUUGGAGAGGACCAGCUCCGCUCUCUUCAUCCGCCUGCCGUCCCUCCACUGCGCCAAUCCCCCCUUCUCAUCUCUCCCGUCCACUGGGCUAAUCCCCAUUUCCCCCUUGCGACCAAUCCCCCUUAACCCUCCCCAAUUCUUCCCCCCAGCUACUGGAGAGGACCAGCUCCGCCCUCUUCAUCCGCAUCCCGCCCCUCCAGCCGGCCAAAGCGGCGCUCGGCUUCACGGUACGGCAAUGGGUGAGGUGGGUGCGACAGGGGUGGGAUGGGUGCGACAGGGGUGGGAUGGGUGCGACAGGGGUGGGAUGGGUGCGACAGGGGUGGGAUGGGUGAUGGGUGCGACAGGGGUGGGAUGGGUGCGACAGGGGUGGGAUGGGUGCGACAGGGGUGGGAUGGGGGAGCCGACACCCCUGCCGCCCUUCACACCUGUUGUCUGUCUCAGCUCUCUGCGCACUGUGAGCCCUCGGAACGGUGUUGAGGGGUGGGGUCCGGAGGGAUGGGGAGGGGUAGUGCUGAGCGUAUGCUAUGCGUUGUGUGUGCACGAUGCAAACAUACAAUUCUCUGUGCCAAUACCCCUUCCCUUCAACCUCCCCACUCCACCCUUCCGAACCCCUCUCUUCUACACAUCCCUCUUCCAUGCCGCCAAUGUCAGCCUGGCCGUGCUGAGCGUGUGUGCAGCAUUCAUGGUGCGCUUAAUGCGAACGCGCCUUUCGCCUCCCCACCCCGCCUCCCCCUCCCAUCCCAUCCACGUCAGCAUGGCAGUCGUCAGCGUGUGUGCAGCGUUCACGGUGCGCACGAUGCAAAUCGACGGCUCACAGCUGCUGCACACGUGGCAGCUGUUUGAUUGGACCAUCGACACCACCAUCCCCACCGCAUCCAUCAUUCGCGUCUCCCUCUGCAAAAUGGAGUGGGGGGGUUUGUUGAGUGGUGCUGAGGGGUGCAGACGGGUGUUGAGGGGUGUUGGAUGGACAAAUGACACCAGCAUCCCCACCACGUCCAUUCAGCUAGUCUCCCUCUGCGGAAUGGUAAGAUCCUCACAUCACCUCCUCCCUCGCAUCACCUCCUCCCUCGCAUCACCCCCUCCCUCGCAUCACCUCCCCUGCGCCCCACACCCCUCACCACUUCCCCUCUUUCAGGAGAAACGCUUUGACACGACGUACUUCUGCCGAGUAGCAGCAGCAGACGGCAAGCAGCUUGACUUCGGGGGGCAUUUGCCCCGCAAGGAGUGCGUGUGGCUGCAGCACGAGGAGAGGCGCUCCAGCACGACGUACUUCUGUCGAGUAGCAGCAGCAGACGGCAAGCAGCUUGACUUCGGGGGGCACCUGUCUCUAGAGGAGAACGUGUGGCUGCAGCACGAGGUGUCCUCGUACCUGCUCUCCCUGGCUGCCGAGUCCGUUUGA